UUAUAAAAUUAAUAAAAAAACAUAUUCGAAAUGCCGGUGUUUACGGCAAAUAUACCCAGCGUAUUAAAAGUUGGGGAUCGGAUAGAAAUAGGAGGUAAAAUAAAGGAAAAUGCUAGAAAAAUGUCAGUAAACCUGUGUGCCCAAGAGGGGGAGGAGCCCCGAGACGUGGUCCUGCAUUUCGACGUGCGCUUCCACCGGGACAACAUCAUCUCCUUGUCCAGGAAGAACGGCAUCUGGAUCGGCAGCGGAAACUACGACACCAAUUACAACAUGUUUGUCCCGGGUACAAUAUUCCGAAUUAUAUUCGAAGUGAAAGACACAGACGUGAUCACUAUCUACUGCCAGGGGAAAUUCCACUCCAACUUCCUGCCGAAAAUUCCCCUGUCCAUGGCGAGGUACAUCGUGGCCUGGGCGGAUGUGGAGAGGAUAACGCAUUGCUUCUUCCAUUUUGGGAACAAGGCUGUGAGUGGUGAUGACGCGAUCGGAACUACAGCGUACGCUCCCCCCUCCCCGAGAUCCGCCGUCGUGGGUGACGGAAAGAGAUGCAUGCGACAACACGCAAAGAAAUCGACGCCCGGCAGCCCCCAGCUGAAUUCCUCGAACGAGAGUUCGGACGACGAGAAACCCAGACCCAAAGCAGAAGGCCGAGCCGACAGAUACUUCUACGAGACCCUCAUGUGCCAACCUGAACACCAAUUCCUCCAGGAGCCAUCGAAAUACCGCAGGGACUACAGAAAAUACCGCGACAUGACAGACACGGAAAAAAAUGACAGCGAAACGUAUAGCGAAGAGAACGCGUCAAAAAAUGUCGACUCGUCUAUGGUCGAGUCGGAUGAUAUGGGCGCGAAAAAAAGAGGGAGACGCGGCAAGUUCGCGCCGUUCGCACAAGUGGUAAAUUUUAUGGGGAAGACGGGGAGGAGAAAUUAG